AUGCUGAUUUUAUUUACAUUUCUCGUUUUCGGUUGGUUUUUACGGGAGUCCCAGGCCAUUCCAUGUGAGACAGCCAUAGAACUCCACAGGUCCGAGGAUAGGGGGACCGGAUGUACGGGUAUUUAUAAUCAAGUAUGUGACAGAUACGCCAUUAAUGAGUCGCUUUGGUACAAAGUUCCGAAUGAAAUGGGAUCCGAUCCUCAAUAUAAGGAUAUGGUGACACACCCUCCUGAGCUGAAUCAGUGCGGGACAUCCUUUCCAAUAUGGCUAAAUGGUUCUCUGCCACGAUCAAAGUAUAGCGAUACAACCUUAACGGCGUGUAUGCGAGGUAUAAAUAAUACUUGCCAGAGUACCUACAAUGUCACCAUCAUGAGCUGUAAUGGGUUCCACGUCUACAAACUCCGAGCUACAACCACGUGUGACGCAGCAUACUGCUUCGGUAGGUGUCAAACAAGUGACGACACAAGGCUGCCAUUUUUGGAUACAGGACUGUCUGAACCUUGUAACACCAGCCAUUAUUUACAUCGAGCUGGGGACCGCGGGACACAGUGCACAAUAACUGGUGACGACAGAACUCCUGUGUGUGACCGAUACGCCGUUAGUGACGUCUGGUAUAGAGUAACCAAUGACGGGGAAGAUUUACAGAUCGUAACACAACCACCACAAGUCAACAGUUGUGGCACAUCUUUUCCUAUUUGGAUGAAUGAUACUCAUCCUACCGAUGGUGACACAGUUAACAGGACUGCGUGUGAACUGGGUAUCGAUGGAUCCUGUUUACAUGAAUACAAUAUAUCGAUUAAAAGUUGUCAAACUUACUACGUCUACAAGCUGCAAAGUACUAUAGUUUGUGACGCCGCUUAUUGUUUUGGACAGAACAGAUCUUGUGACACAGGCAAUCCUAAUUACAACAGCAGUGGCGACCACGCGUCUCCGCUGGCUGUCCUGUUGGUUGUUUGCGUCACGAUGAUGUAUUUAUUACAAGGUCAUAACAUCUCUCUGUGA